AAUAUACAGAGCGGCUUCUCUCCCCGUACGUCUGAAUAUUUGACCACAAGGACGCGGUCCCCAUCGGACGGUUGAGAAUGGAAGGCCCGACAUGGGGCCCCCGCCCAGAGGAUGCCAGCUGGACGAUGAUGACCCAUUGGUCGUCUUGGGCAAGUGUAGAUUCCUUUCUAUAUCCUCGCAAAAAUCAACUGGAAAAUUAAUCGCCCUGAAAAUAGCGAAAGGGACGAUAAAGAGACGAUUUUCACGCUUUGAUCCGAUUCAUCCAUGGCGGAUUAGAGAAGGGGUUUAUUCGUUGGGAAUCGCCGGUUGCUUCUCUCGUCUUCGCCAUUUGGAUCGAUCGAUCGAUCGUCCCGUCCAAAAAGGGUUGUGACUUGUGAUUGGGUGUAUAGGCAAUUGUAUACUGAGCUAUCUCAAGAAUGGCUAGUGGUUUUGGGGAAUCCUCAAGCAAGCCACCCCAAAGCCCUUCUUGCUCAAGCAACAAUAACAGUGAUGCCGGUAACUUUGAAUGCAACAUCUGCUUGGACUUGGCUCAAGACCCUAUCGUGACUCUGUGUGGACAUCUUUUCUGCUGGCCUUGCCUUUACGAAUGGCUCCGUGUUCAUUCCCAAGCACAAGAGUGCCCGGUUUGCAAAGCCCUUAUCCAGGAGGAGAAGUUGGUUCCGUUGUAUGGCCGCGGGAAAAGCUCUACUGACCCGAGAUCGAAGUCCGUUCCAGGUGUUAACAUCCCUCACCGCCCAACAGGGCAGAGGCCUGAAACAGCUCCUCCUCCUCCUCCUGAGGCGAAUCUUUUUCACCAGCAUGGACUAGGGUUGAGGGGUGGCUUGGGUGGAUUCGGGCCCAUGGCAACUGCAAGAUUUGGGAACUUCACAUUGUCUGCAGCUUUUGGUGGUCUCUUCCCAUCAUCAUUGUUCAACUUCCAGCUCCACGGGUUUCCUGAUGCUUCCAUGUAUGGUGCAUCCCCUGGAUUUCCAUUUGGAUAUCCCCAUACGUUUCACGGUGGCCAUCACCACGCACAUGGAUACCAUCAUCACCCGAGAGGCCAAAGACAGCAAGAUAUUCACCUGAAGAUGUUGCUUCUGGUUAUUGCUGUCUGUGUGGCUUUUGCACUCUUUCUGAAUUAGAAGUGAUUGUGCAACUGAUUGCUCAAACAGCUAACCAAUUUCUAGGUUUUCCUUUUAUCUUAAAUGUAAAUGUUUGUAGUGCAUUGGGGAUUAAGCCGUCAUCUCGUCAAGGAAAUUGUCUAUAAGCUAUGUCAGUGGUGUUAAAAACCUAUAUUUAGGAUUUGGUAAUUGGAUAAUAUUCAAUCCUGUAUUCUUUGAGUCAAUUUAUGGAAUUCGUCGCCUGGUUUGAGACAUGAAAAAUGGAUCAAUAUGGCUCGGAGGA